UACAAACCCGCCUAAAUAAUCAUCACCACCGAUUCAAAAUUUCUCAGACACAAAAAACACCGCCCUUUUUAGGUUUCCACCGCCACCACCACCACCACCAUGGACGACGACGACGAUUCACAACAACCAUUCUCUCAAUCCCAAACCGAAAUCUACUUAGCAGGUUUCAUAAUGGCCAACAUCGUCGGCCUAAGAUACUACAACGGCACAAUCAACGGUCGUGAAAUCCUCGGCCUAGUUCGCGACCCACUCAACCAAUACGACACAAACGCCAUCAAAGUUCUCAACACUCAAUCUCUCCAAGUCGGUUUUAUCGAACGCUCCGUCGCCGCGGUUCUCUCGCCGCUAAUGGAUGCUCAUAUCAUUCAGAUUGAAGGCAUUGUUGGCACAAACAAUCGCUCUAAGUUCCGUAUCCCUUGUCAGAUUCAUAUUUUCUCUCACUUAUCUUCUUUUGAUGUUGUUCAUGAUGCUUUUAUUGGUUCCACUGUUCAUUUCAUUUCGCAUUCUGAUCCUUCUUUUACUCUUUCUCAUUCUGUUGCUGUUCAAGAAACUCGAGCUGAUUUAGCCGCCGGAACAAGCGCCGCUGCCGGUAACAAUAAAACUAAAAUCAAAACCCUAGAUCAAAUAUUCAAACUCGUUCGCGAAAAUCUAGCUGCUAAAAACAACAUUUCUGAACCGUUAAUUCCUCCUUCUAAGUUAAUUAAAUCAGAAUUGCUUCAGCAUCAGAAGGAAGCAUUAGGAUGGCUUGUUCAUCGUGAAAAUUCCGAUGAUUUACCGCCGUUUUGGGAAGAGAAAGAGGGGGGUUUUGUUAAUGUGUUAACUAAUUAUCAAACUAGUACACGACCGGAGUCUCUUCGCGGAGGGAUAUUCGCGGAUGGGAUGGGAUUAGGGAAGACUUUGACAAUGCUUUCGUUGAUUGCUUUUGAUAAAAUGAAAUGUGGGAAGAAGAGAAGUAGGAGUAGGGUGGAGAUGAAUAGUACAUUGAUUGUGUGUCCUCCUUCUGUGAUUUCGACGUGGAUAACUCAAUUGGAAGAGCAUACUAAUGGUGGUGCAUUGAAGACUUAUUUGUAUUAUGGUGAUAGAAGGACUCAAGAUGCUGAGGAAUUGAGGAAAUAUGAUAUUGUGUUGACUACUUAUGCUACUUUGGGAGCUGAAUUGCGGUGUCCGGAUGCUGCGGUGAAGAAGUUGGGGUGGAGGAGGAUUGUUUUGGAUGAAGCGCAUACGAUUAAGAAUGUUAAUGCUGGACAGAGUCAGGCUGUUAUUGGUUUGAAUGGUAAGAGGAGAUGGGCUGUUACUGGUACACCUAUUCAGAAUGGUUCUUAUGAUUUGUUUUCUCUUAUGGCUUUUUUGCAUUUUGAGCCUUUUUCUAUAAAGAGUUAUUGGCAAAACUUGGUUCAACGCCCGCUUACUCAAGGCAAACAGACAGGGCUUAGUCGAUUGCAGGUUUUGAUGGCAGCAAUAUCAUUACGAAGAACAAAAGACACUGCGUUGGUGGGGCUUCCACCGAAGAUCGUUGAGACUUGUUAUGUUGAACUUUCAUGUGAAGAGCGUAAACUGUAUGACGAUGUUAAAGAGGAAAUAAAGUCGCUUAUGAUGCAUUAUAACAGCAAUGACAGACUAGUGUAUAGUUACUCCACUAUACUAAGUAUGAUUCUAAGACUUCGUCAGAUCUGUACUCAUUUGUCGAUGUGCCCUUUGGAUUUCAAGGCGUGUCUAUUUUCUUCAACUGAUAUUGAAGAUGUUUCCAAGAACCCUGAAUUGCUGCAAACAUUAGUUAGGAUGCUACAAGAUGGUGAAGAUUUUGAUUGUCCAAUUUGUUUAUCUCCUCCAACGGAUAUUGUAAUUACAUGCUGUGCUCAUAUUUUCUGCCGAGAAUGUAUUCUGAAAACUCUACAGCGCAGUAAUUCCAGUUGUCCACUUUGUCGGCGCUCCCUCUCAGAAUCCGACUUAUUCUCAGCCCCCCCUGAAUCUUUCAAGACCGAUACUACUGAACUGUGCACACCAGAAGUAGGGUCAUCGACCAAAGUCUCUACUUUGAUAAAGCUUCUUACAGAAUCAAGGGAUCAAAAUCCAGCUACCAAAUCAGUUGUAUUUUCACAAUUCCGUAAAAUGCUGCUGCUGUUAGAAGAACCUUUAAAAGCAGCUGGCUUUAAAACAUUGCGUCUUGAUGGGACACAGAAUGCAAGACAAAGAGCUCAAGUUAUUGACCAAUUUCAACUCUCAAAAGUUGAUGAGCCAAUGAUUCUGCUUGCAAGUCUCAAGUCUUCAAGUACAGGUAUAAAUCUUACGUCCGCCUCUAGAGUGUACUUAAUGGAGCCAUGGUGGAAUCCAGCAGUUGAAGAACAAGCAAUGGAUCGUGUUCACCGCAUUGGACAGAAAGAAGAAGUGAAGAUUGUUAAACUGAUAGCUAAAAAUAGCAUUGAAGAGAAAAUAUUACAGUUGCAAGAGAUGAAGAAAGAUAUAACAAGCCGAGGAUCUGGGAAGAGAUCAAAUGAUAUUGCUGGUAUGGGCAUAAAUGAUCUCCGUUUUGUUUUAGGAGAGUAGACAUGGUUACACAUUUGCUAAUUGAAAGUAUCUCACUAAUCAUUAUUGUAAGUUACAGUAAUUAUUAGUGGGAUAGUUUCAAUUAGCAAAUGUAAUACAGUAAUGAUUAGUUGGAUAGUUUCAAUUAGCAUAUGUUUAAUCAUUAUCUGUUUGAGUCUCUCAAACGUUUUUGCUUUAGUACUACAGUUCUGAAAAAAUAUACUUCUAGUCCUUAAUAUAAAAAACAUAUUACUUUUUAGGAUCAUUGGAAAACUAAUAUAUCUAGUUUAUAUUAUAGGCCGAAUACAUUAGUUUUUCAAUGAACCUAAAAAAUAAUUUCUUUUUUAUAUUAAGGACCAUAGGGAGUAUUAGUUGAUCUACCUUUUUUAUGACCAAAGUAUAGUCAUUGGAUUUCCCAAUGUAUAAUUACUAUUUUAAGCAUUUUUAACAUGUGUCCUAUAUAUUAAGGGCACAUAUAUUAGCAUAUGAUCCGUUCAUAGUA